AUGACUUCAGACACGCUUUCGUUCACCAUCGCUGUAGUGGGUCUUGUUUGGUAUGUGAGCAUAUACUCAAUCAGCCUACUUGGCUGCAUCUCAGCUCGCCGACGUUACCGUUCUAGACCAAUUUCACUGUUGGACAGUGCAGAGGCAUUGCACAAACCCGGAGUCUCUAUACUUCGGCCAUUGAAGGGUCUAGACACGAAUCUUUACGAAAAUCUUGAAUCUACAUUCAAGCAAGAUUACCCCGACUAUGAAAUUAUCUUCUCAGUUGCUGAUGAAAACGACCAAGCUCUUCGCAUAGUAGAAUCCUUGAAGAGCAGAUACCCAAAUGUCAAAGUCUCUGUGAUCAUAGGCGAAGAAGUUGUUGGCGUCAAUCCAAAAGUCAAUAACCUGGUUCGUUCUUUCAAAAUGGCGGCCAACGAUAUUGUUUGGGUUCUCGACUCCGGAGUCAUGGUUGAUUCCGGUACGUUGUCUAGAAGCGUCAACAUCCUCAACAAAUCCCCCUCUGGUACAAAACGGAGGAUAGGCCUCGUUCACCAUGUUCCGUUAGCACUCAUCGAUGAAACGCAAUUCGGCUCGAGAUUAGAGGCUGCAUUUCUAAAUACAAACCACGCAAAGAUGUAUAUUGCCAUCAACACAGUGGCCAUAGAGUCUUGUGUCGUCGGAAAGUCCAACCUUUACCGACGUUCAGACUUGAACCGCCUCGACGGGUCCUUAACUCCAAUUCAAUCACAAACCACUCGAAACUCUGGAAAACAUGGACUGCCUGCUUUUGGUCGGUUUCUGGCAGAGGACAAUAUGAUUGCCAGUGCUCUUUGGCACGAGCUAGACUUACGUCACGACCUGUCGUGCGACGUGGCGCGAAAUGUUGUUGGCAACAUGUCUUUUUCGGACUAUGUCUGGAGACGCGUUCGAUGGAUCAGAGUCCGUAAGCGAAUGGUUUUGGCGGCAACCGUUGCAGAACCUUUCCAAGAAUCAAUAAUAGUUGGUAUGAUUGGCGCCCUUAGUGUUGGCGCGUUGUAUGGCUUUUCUUUUUGGAUAUUUAUCGUUUUUCACUUCAUGGCAUGGAUAUCGAUUGAUUUGGAUGUUCAUAGUUCCCUGUCGGGCCACGGUCUUCGACAAAACGAAUGGAUAUCUUUCUUUUUGGCGUGGAUUGGUAGGGAACUGCUAGCCUUGCCAAUAUGGAUCAUCGCAAUGACUGGCGACGAAGUUAUAUGGAGGGGUAGACGAUACUAUGUUUUACAGAAUGGAGAGGCAAAAUUGGUAGAAUAA